AUGGAUUCACCUGCCAUCAACUCCCCGAACACGGAAUCUUCUCAGGAAGUGCAGCUCUCCCGAGCUGUCAGCGCGCUAGAUCUUAACGCCUCUUUGGAGGCUGUCAGGGAGCAACCAAAACAAGAAUUUCGUUUCUCCCACGAUACUGCGACAGGGUUUCAACUACAAAAUAACAGCGAAAAACCCGGCACGGAAUUAGUUUCUCCCGAUGGAGUUAUGACACCACACUCCCAGGAAUAUCCCAAACCACCCCCGCCAACACCUGCUUCGCCCAGAAAUCCCAUCGCAUCCACGAAGAGUAAUGAGCCAAGCAAGCUGAAUUGUGUUUCAACACCAACAUCUCCACCACCUGCACAAAAUCAGAGUAAUACCCAAACGAAGAAGAAACGUUCUAACGGCAAGCCAAAAAAGCCCCCGCCAUCAGGGUUUGAAGAGUUCUAUGCUGACACGCCAAUCACCCCAAGUGAUUAUGCCGUUGAGCGUGAUCUAUAUGACCCGAACCAUGAUUUCAAAGAUCGUAUGCAAACGUGUAUCCAAAGGUUUAGGGCUAAGCGCAAGCUAGACCAAGUACGCGCUAACAUCUUUACAAAAUACCUUUCACUUGGUGGCGUAGAAACAGGCGCCAAGCAGUUUACUGGGGGUCUAGACAAAGAGACCAUUGAAAAUUCAACAGCUAAUGAGAUCGCUGAUAUCCAAGCUACAGACUUUAUUCGCACGAACCAUAAAAAUACAAAGUAUUAUGAUGGUUCUGAUAACUGGGUUAUUGACUUUGAAGGAGUGGCAAAAGGGUUUUUCUCCUCCAAGUUAUCCAGCAUGCUACCCAUUGAGAGCGAAAGCCAACUUGAAAGCUAUUGCGCUGUCAUUCGUAACUUUCUAAACUAUAUUCUCCAACAUGAUGUAUGCCCUGAAUAUACUGCUGAUAUCAUGGCCGCGCGAAGAGUAAUAGAAGAUGCGAAAAGGGAGUUAUGGCAAAUUCAAAUCGCCGCAUCAAAGCUUCCUGGUGAUUUCAACGUUGCAUCAUCAAUUCUUUUCGGGGGUCGAUAUAAGAAUGAUUGGGGUUUCGGGUGUUGGGAUGACAAUGACCCCGACCGCGAAAAGUACUCAACGGUAAGAGGCUUCAGUAAGGGUGAGGCUGAACGGAUAUUCAAAUCAUGCAUUGCCAAUUAUGGUAAUGAUGGUUUGUUUUCACAAACCAUGAGUCCUGAUGUCCACAUAGUCAAUACCUCGACCAAAUACUUUCAGGUGGCAGAGAUACAAUUUUCUAGUCAUACUAUCAACCAAUCAACUGGGGUUGAAGAUUACGUAAGAGAAUUUGGCCAUGUGAAGCCUCUAGGCAUUGUCAAGUUCAAGCCUUGGGAGGGCCCUAACUUGGAGCAACUUGAUUUCACUGAUGAUGAAGGUACGACCAGUAAUAAAAAAGAUCCCGAAGUUGAGUCAUUUUUGCUUGAAGAUGAAGCCCUUCAGACUUUAUUUAUUGGUAUGAAGCUUGAGUUGGUUAUACAAGAAUUAAACAUAGGUUUGAAGUUUAUUGACUCAGUUAUUGGUCUAUAUUGCUCCUUUUACGAUGUACUGCUGAACGAAAAAAUGAUGGACUAUAAGGAACCAGUUGCUAGUGAUAGACCCCCUCCAACCGAAGACGAUCCGGAUGUAGAGGAGAAGCUUGAAGCUGCUAUUCUUAAUGCAGAUCUUUAA